UCUUUUAUGAGCUCUAGUAAAAAAAAUAAGCUUUAAUGAAUGUAUUGCUUUGUGAGAUAUUAAGUUGGCCUGUAGAUCUUUUAAAAACAAGCUCCUCUUCUUAUAAAAUUAAGAACGAUGUUAGUCUUAUAAAGCCACUGCCAACUGCUUUUAGGACCGUUGAAAGCUAUCGAACUUUUUUGUUAAAAAGCGUCCUGGAGGAGACUAGGGAAAUUUCUCGCAGAGCUAUAUUACAAAAUUUGACCACGGAAUUCACGUUAGCUUUCCCUGUUGUUUGUAAUGAGUGGAAAGCUGGUGUUCACCGAAAAAAAUCUGUUCUCUGUAUCGGCAUUUUUAAGAUUGGCACCUUAAAAGAAUUUUCUAACGUAGUCCCAAACACACUAGUUGAGGUAAUGUGUGUGUCUUGGAGGGGACUUGGACUUUUGCAUAUUUACUACAACGGACCCGAUAACGAGGAAUUAAGUGUCAAGUUGCUGUUACCUAAAGAGCUGUACCAGAAUUUUGACUCGCUAGACUUACACUGGCAGAUUAAGAACCUUGGCCUUCCAUUGACUUUGAAACUUAGCAUGCAUGAAACACUUUCCCAAGAAUUUAAAAUUUCAUACUUUAACCAGUUGGCAAACGGAUUAAAGAAGGUAAGUAAUAAAAUUAGUAAGCAGGCAAGUCCUUCCGUAAUCAUAAGUCCUACCCAUUCUGCUCUGACAAAGCUUAAUAAACAACAGAAAGCGGCACUGCUCAACUUUAUAGAAAGCUCUACUGGGGAACUCCAACUCCUUCACGCUCCGCCUGGCACAGGAAAGACGACGACUCUUUCAGCGCUUUUGCACAUUUUUUGGACAGCUAAAGUGCGCUGUCUAGCCUCAUCUCCGUCUGACAAAGCCGUUCGCGUUCUUGCUGGUAUGUUUCUGAAAGAAACUUAUAAAGCCAGUCAACCUUGCCCUCCAGUUGUUAUGCUUUCAACAGCAGAUAAGAUUUUUAGCGAGGAUGAGGAAAACCUUCGUUCCAUAUACAUUGAGACGUGGGCAAUCGUGCGCCAGAGUCACGCAAAGGCUUUACUUAUUCGCUUGCAAAUAUUGGCAAACGCGCUGAAGAGUCCCCCGAAGAAGCCCGUAUUUGCCGAUGCUACUGAAAUAACUGCAGAGUUGGAGGACAUUCGGGUAAAACUUUCAUUGUUAAACAAGGAAAUAGUUGGAAUGGCCCCCGAAUGGGGUUGCCUCCUUAUUAAAGGGCUUCAGGCCGCUAUUGAAAACGUCCGGGAUAUUCAAAAUGGCUUUGUUUUCACAAGGAAGAAAAACUUAUGCCUUGCCGAUGUUUUUUUAGAUUCUUAUACACGCAGUCUUUCCGCUAAGAAAGCCGAAACUGCUUGCGCCUUGCUUAAUGAGAUUCACAAGCAAUGGUGCGUCAGGGCUGCUGUUCUUGCUAACGAGCUGCGCAAUCACGCCGUCAUUGUUUUUUCACCGCUAUAUGUUCUUAGUCGUUCCAAUUGUCUCAAACUUUUCUUAAGUGCCGUAGUGCGUACUACAACUAAUUGUGGUUUAGUGCGAAAAUGCAUGCGGCCAUUUGAGGCUUUCGUAGUGGACGAGUGCGGACAAAGUUCAGAGCCGGAAACAUGCGUAGCCUACUUUUACGCUCCAAAGAAGUGCUUGCUGGUAGGCGAUGUCACUCAACAUCCCGCCACGCCUACUUCCUGCGAGGCAGAAAACAAGGGCUACGGUAGAAGCCUCUUGGAAAGACUACUUAAAAACGACUAUAGCCACGUGGAGUUAACAAUCCAGUACAGAAUGCAUCCGGAAAUCUUAAAAUUUCCUAAUUAUCGUUAUUACAGGGGCCUCUUGGUAAAUGCCGAAGGGCUCGAAGUUGCCAGGCAGGCGGCCUGCCACGCUGUCGGAUGCCUGGGGCCAUACUCCUUUAUAAACUGCCCACAUUCUACCGAGACGGCAAUAAAUCUCAGUUACUCUAACCAAUUUGAGGCUGAAGUUAUCGCGGAAAUAGUCAAGACGCUUAAAGAAAAGUUCGAUUGUAACUUGAACCAGGACAUCGCUAUUCUCACUUUCUUUGAGGCUCAGGUUGAGGCAAUAAAGGCAGCCUUAACUUAUUCAGAGCCAGAGUUGUCGUCAAGCGUCCUCCAAGUGCACACAAUAGAAUCCUUUCAAGGCUGCGAGCGUGAUAUCGUUCUUCUGUCCACCGUCAGAACACGCGAUGCCCUGACAUUAUGGAACGACUUCCGCCGGCUGAACGUGGCACUCACUCGAGCGCGGUUCUCCAUGAUUAUCAUUGGACACGCUCAGACGCUUUUGAGCGCGCAUGGAACCGACCUCGAGUUUCUGGUCAAGGAUGCACUGGCAAGAGACGUUUUAUACAACUGGCAACAAGUGCGCACGUCUUUUCAAACGCAUGAAAAAAACUGCAUAGAAAGCUUUUCCCCAAUCCCCAAAGAAGUAAUAAACUUCCAUGGAUUGGCCUCAGACACAUUUUAAUUAGCCGUUCCAACUUCUGCAAAAUAAAACCAUUUGGCCAAGCUUAUAACGCCAUUGGUCUCUUAUAGUGAAUCGCAAAGUCUUGAAUUUUCCAUCCGCCAGCUUGAUAGACGUCCUGCUCUCGGAAAAACGCUAUAUAGUAAAAAGCUUCUUCGACAAUAUUCUGUCAUGUUUAUCGAAGUAAGUACAACAUGAAUGCGCAUACACAAUGCCGAACCGGAUCUCCGUGAAUAAUAUUUCCUGCGCGGUCUUUGCCCACACAGACUUGCUGAACACGG